AUGGCAGAGAUCACUACCACCCCCGGCGGUGACAUUCCUCCAAAUAUGACUAUUUACAUCAACAACCUCAACGAGAAAGUCAAGCUCGAAGAGUUGAAGAAAUCGCUGAAUGCGGUGUUCUCUCAAUUUGGAAAGAUAUUGGAGGUUUUAGCAUUCAAAACCCUCAAACACAAAGGUCAAGCUUGGGUUAUUUUCGAGGACGCUUCUUCCGCCACCAAGGCGCUUCGCCAGAUGCAGGGCUUUCCUUUCUAUGACAAGCCCAUGAGGAUACAAUAUGCAAAGACAAAAUCAGAUGUCUUUGCAAAAGCGGAUGGUACUUUUGUACCAAGAGAAAGAAGAAAGAGGCAUGAGGAGAGAGGGAGGAAGCGAAAAGAGCAACUAGAUCCUAACCAAGCUGCAAUGGGUCUGAAUCCUGCCUAUGCUGGUGCCUAUGGUGCAACACCACCUUUAUCACAGAUACCGUACAUGGAUGGUUCAAAAUCUGCCCUCCCAGAGGCGCCUGCUCCACCAAAUAGCAUAUUAUUCAUCCAGAAUCUUCCUCAUCAGACAACUCCAAUGAUGCUGCAAAUGCUCUUCUGUCAGUAUUCCGGCUUUAAGGAAGUUAGGAUGGUGGAAGCGAAACCUGGAAUUGCCUUUAUAGAGUAUGAAAAUGAGAUGCAAUCGACUGUUGCAAUGCAGGGACUCCAGGGAUUCAACAUAACCGCCGAGAACCCAAUGCUGAUUACUUAUGCAAAGAAGUAG